UUUAAGGCCUUGCAUUCCCGGGUAUUCUCAUCUCAUCCAUCCUCGUAUCACCUCACCUGCAUCAACCGCACCUUGCUUGCUACAGUACAGUAUUAGCCACAAACCAUGGCUCGCACUGCACACUUGGUGUUGGUCGCCCUGGUGGCAGCCCUGCUCCUCGCCGCCCCGCACGCCACCGUGGCCAUCACCUGCGGCCAGGUCAGCUCCGCCAUCAGCCCCUGCCUCGCCUACGCCCGCGGCGGCGCCGGCCCCUCCUCCGCCUGCUGCAGCGGCGUCAAGAGCCUCAACGCCGCCGCCCGCACCACCGCCGACCGCCGCACCGCCUGCAACUGCCUCAAGAACGCCGCCCGCGGCAUCAGGGGGCUCAACGCCGGCAACGCCGCCAGCAUCCCCUCCAAGUGCGGCGUCAGCGUCCCCUACACCAUCAGCGCCUCCAUCGACUGCUCCAGGGUGAGCUGAGCUACGUACCGGAUUGGAUGGAUCACAUACGUACAGAAGCGCCGGCCGCCACCUUCAGCCUCAUCUCCAUGGAUGCGCAGCCCAACUCUGUCGUACACUCGUACCUACGUACUAGUUUAUCUGUAUACUUGCUGAAUAAAACAUGAGAUCGAGCUAGCUAGCUAUAGCUCUGUCGAUCAGGCAUAUGCGCAUAUAUAUGCUGGUUGAUCGGCCGGCCGGUCCUAUCAGUCUAGCUUGUUUGUUUCUUGUGUACGUUAAUUCGAUACCAUCUCCUCUGUUUGUUCGUCAUACGUCUACCUGAGAGCUAGAGAUAUACUUUCUACUAUCAUGCAUACAUCUGCAUGCAUGUACGUAUAGUAUUCUACUCUUUGUACGACGUGCUUGCUGUGGAGUAUUGCACACAUGCAUAUAUAUAGCUCCUUUUGGGAAAUUGAUUCUAAUA